CUCACUCCUCCUCGAAAGCUCCCGCUCUCACCAUCAGCUGGAAAAAUGUCCCGUCCUCGGGAAUGGCAGCGACCGACGACCUUUCUCCUCGCCCCGUAAGUCCCGCUCUUGGCGGCAGCGGGGACGACGCCACUUGCCAGGCAAACCUCAGCUCGCAUCCCCGCGGCGGAAAGUGAAAAAGAAAAAAAGGGAGAUGAAAUUGUACCGUGGAAAUAAAUACAGCAAACGAGAAAACGUAUGCCAGCAUCUGCUCCGUAUUAAUAACGUCUUCAGCAUGUGGAGCUACUGAAGUCUGCGUUUCACCGAGGGGGACUUUCGGUCUUCUGUGUUCGUCGCUCCCGGGGUUGCUGAAGAUGAUUCGGUUGGAAGUGGGAUUUGGGGAGCUGCUGCCACAAUGAAGACUUACACACAUGGAGUACCAGUGAUAAUUUUGAUAAAUCUCUUCUCCCUUUUGACACAUACAAUUGGUGGCAGCAUCCACUUUAUGAAUGGGAAUUACGAUGGUCACCCGAUGCUGUACUUCAGUAAAGGUGAUGUGGAAGGGCUGCGACUCAAGGCAAAAACUACUCACCGGCACAUUGCGAACAGUAUCUGGGACGCCGUGCAGGUCAUGCUAUCAAACCCAAAGGAAUACCUGCCUCCCUGGGACCCCAAACAAUUCAGCGCUCGAUGGAAUGAAAUCUAUGGCAACAACCUGGGUGUCUUGUCUAUGUUCUGUGUCUUGUUUCCGGAACGAACAGAUGCUGUGGAGUUUGCCAUGGACUACAUGGCGAGGAUGGCAUCUCAGCCUAGUUGGCUCGUCAAGGAUGCCGCAUGGGAUGAGGUUCCACUCGCUCACUCACUCGUGGGUUUUGCCACUGCUUAUGACUUUCUGUAUGACCAUCUGAACAAAACUCAGCAGGAAAGAUAUUUAGAAGUCAUCAGUGACGCCUCGCAGUACAUGUACGAGAAGUCUUUCAGUCGUGGAUGGGGAUUUCAGUAUCUACACAAUCAUCAACCCACCAACUGUGUGGCCUUGUUGACAGGAAGCCUGGUCCUCUUGAAUCAAGGUUUCCUCCAAGAAGCUUAUUUAUGGGCAAAACAGGUUAUCGUUAUUCUGGAGCGGUCACUGGUUUUGCUAAAGGACAUUAAGGACGGAUCCUUGAACGAAGGUGUGGCUUAUGGCAGUUACACCACAAGAUCUCUGUUCCAGUACAUGUUUCUGGUGAAAAGGCAUUUCAACAUCAGCCACUUCAGUCAUCCCUGGGUUAAGCAGCAUUUUGCAUUCUAUUAUAGGACCGUGCUUCCAGGUUUUCAAAGAACCGUGGGCAUAGCUGAUUCAAACUACAACUGGUUUUACGGGCCAGAGAGCCAACUGGUGUUUCUGGAUACCUACGUCAUGCGCAAUGGCAGCGGUAACUGGUUGGCGGAGCAGGUCAGGAAGAAUCGGAUUCAGCGGGGAACAGGGUCGCCUGCCAAAGCACAGCGAUGGUGCACGCUCCACACAGAGUUCUUGUGGUACGACAGCGCCUUGCCUCCAGUCCCACCUGCAGAUUAUGGGUCACCGAAAUUACAUUACUUCGAAGAUUGGGGGGUCGUGACCUACGGAGGUGCUUUACCAGCAGGACUUAAUCGGCCCUUCCUGUCCUUCAAGUCCGGCAAACUGGGAGGCCAUGCGAUUUACGACAUUGUUCACGAAAAGAAGUACUCGCAGUGGAUUCGCGGAUGGACGAAUUUCAACGCCGGGCAUGAACAUCCCGAUCAGAACUCUUUCACGUUCGUGCCUAAUGGCGUGCCUUUUAUCACAGAGGCCUUAUACGGCCCAAAGUACACCUUCCUCAACAACGUUGUGAUGUUCUCUCCAACCACGUCGGACACUUGUUUCAAGCAUUGGGAGGGGCAGGUGACAGAGGCAUGCAACUCAAAGUGGUUGAAGUACAAAAGUGGCAUCUCUGCGGAUUGCCAGGGCCAGGUCAUCGCGGCUCUGGAGCAGAAUGGUGUGGUCUUUAUCCGAGGAGAGGCAGUGGGCGCUUACAGCCCUAGCCUGAAGCUGAAAAGUUCUCAGAGGAACCUUCUCCUCCUAGAACCACAGCUGUUACUGUUAGUGGAUCAAAUCCACUUGGAAGAAGGUAGCUCGCUUGAGAAAAUGAGCGCUUUUUUCCACAACACAGACGUGGCCUUCGAGGAAAUCUCAAGAGAUGGAGUAAACGGGGCAUUUGUUCAGCAAAGGGAUGGCCCGUAUAGAAUGUUCUGGAUGGAUGAUAAAGGCAGAAGUGAAAAGGCCACACUGGCAUUCAAGUCCUACCCUCGCGGGUACUCAUACAAUGGAACGCAUUACGUGAAUGUUACAACCACAUUGAGGUACCCAGUAACUAGGAUGGCCUAUAUCUUCUUUGGACCUUCAGUGGAGAUUCAGAGCUUUAGCAUUCGAGGGGAUUUGGAUCGAGUGGAUAUAUUUUUAGCAACAAAUGAGAAAACAUAUACAGUAUACCUCCUGACAGGGCAGACUGCCGUGAAACCACUUUUUGCUAUGGUAUUAGCCGAUCAUCAGAAAAUUGUUUUUGACAGGGCUUCUGCAAUCAGGGAUGUUUCAGUGCAGGAAGCGCAAGAUUACGCGAACGUCGUUGAGGGAAACCUUCAGCGCGCAAGGCCAGUUUUUCAGCAACUGGAGAAGCAGAUCUUGGCCCGAGUCUUGAACACCGAUAACUUCCGAAAGACCGCUGAGCGUCUUUUAAAACAAUCGGACAAAAGGAAGACGGAAGAAGCCAUUGAAAAGUUUUUCUCCGUCUCAUUUGAACAAAGCAAGACAAAAAAAAUUAAAAAGGGGAAAGGCAACGGAGUCAAACUUUCCAACGGCCUUCCAAAUAUAUUUGCACAGAUCGAAAUGACUGAGAAAAGAGAGCGACAGAAAUUAUUGCAGCAAAUGCGGGAAGAAACCUCUGAUGAGAGAAAUGACAAUAUGAGAGAGAUUUUUGAUUUUGUGGAUGAUAGUUAUGUAAAACAGGAACAAGGCACAAACAAAAAUAUAAGACAUGGUUAUGUCAAACCAGGAGCCACUGUUCGAAGUACUGCACAAUCCCUUUCAGCUUCCUACACAAGAGUGUUCUUAAUUUUAAAUAUAGCAACUUUCUUUUUCCUAUUAGCUUUACAGCUAAUUCGGUUCCAGAAAGCUCCAAGCUUGCACGCCCAAAGAUUUCUCUACGCCGUGCUUCUUUUGGAUAGCUUUGUGCUUCUCUGUUUGUAUUCCUCUUGUUCCCAAGCACAGUGCUAGACCGUGGAAGGCACCCUUUGAGAGACCAACUAGAUGCAGAAAUAUUAACUAAAUGAUGUACUUAUGCAAGUACAAGAUUUGCACAUGAAGAUUUUUGUUUAAAAAAUUGGUAUUUAACAGGGAAGCCAAAGAUUCAACAGAUCAGCGUUACGAAUGGAAACUUUGUUAUUCUACACUCUUGAAAAACUACCAGUAUUUCCCAGAAGGAAGAUUUGGAUGAAAUCAUCUCAUUGUGUGGCUAUUUUUCAAUCUGAGCUUUAUCUGUUUUCAUUUGGUGGAUUGAUUCACAAUGUUUCUUAAGUUCUUUUAACUCAUAUUUGUUUUCAUUGCCAUUUCCUCACACACUGAAGUGUAAGUUUAGAAUAUUGGGAAGGUUUGGUAACCUGCUUGCCUUAAUAAUCAACAGGAAGCUUCCUUCAUUUGAUUGUUUCAAGGCAUUCUAUCAGACUAAAAUGAACAGUGUGCUGAACAAGAUAUUGUUCUAUGGUUUUGAUUUUGACUUUUCUCGCUGUGUAUUUUUGAGAUACAUAUAUGUACUUGUGUGUGAAUAUCAUUCAGGUGGAACUGUAUCUUCUCUUUAACUUGAAGGGUUCUGUGUUCCUUCAUCAUGAUUCUGCUGGUUAUUGUUGAGAUCUUUGUGAAGAGAGUUUGCCUUUGUCUUCUGUUUCCUGCUGGGUCAAUCAGUUUGUCAUUUUUUCCAUGGUCAUUCAUUAAAGCACUAAUGCAAUUAAGUAUUUCUUAAACUUAAAAAAAAGUCAAGUUUGUUUUCAAUAAGCCAUUGGAGUGAUGGUUUAUUGUUUUUGUUCUGUUUUGUAGCUCCAAAACAUAAAAACUAAUUGAAAGGAUAACACAGUGAGUCGAUAAUGUGUGUCUAACUUUGUUUUUUACUUUAACGGAGGCGCACGCAUAUCAUGUGGUAGCAAUUCAUGUACUUUUACGUAUAACCCAUAAUGAAUUAUUUAAAUAACAAGGAAUGUUCAGUCAAACAACAUAUUUACAAACAAGAGAAAAUCUGCAGAUGCUGUAAGUCUCCAAUGGGAUCUCACCACCAAAUACAUUUUUCACUCCUCCCCCCACCUUCUGCUUUCUGCAGGGAUCAUUCCCUACACGACUUUCUCGUCCAUUCGUCCCUCCCCACUGAUCUCCCUCCUGGCACUUAUCCUUGCAAACGGAACGAGUGCUACACCUGCCUCUACACCUCCUCCCUCACUACCAUUCAGGGCCGCAAACAGUCCUUCCAGGUGAGGUGACACUUCACCUGCGAGUCUGUUAGGGUCAUAUACUGUGUCUGGUGCUCCUGUUGUGGCCUCCUGUAUAUCGAUGAGACCCGACGUAUAUUGGGAGACCAUUUUGCCGAGCACCUAUGCUCCAUCUGCCAGAGAAAGCAGGAUCUCUCAGUGGCCACUCAUUUUAAUUCCACUUCCCAUUCCCAUUCUGAUAUGUCAAUCCAUGGCCUCCUCUACUGUCACGAUGAGGCCACACAUGGGUUGGAGGAACAACACCUUAAAUUCCAUCUGGGUAGCCUUCAAACUGAUGGCAUGAACAUUGAUUUCUCGAACUUCUGGUAAUGUCCCCUGCCCUCUCCUUCACCAUUCCCCAUCUCCUCUUCCCUCUGUCACCUUAUCUCCUUGCCUGUCCAUCGCCUCCCUUUGGUGCUCCUCCCCCCUUCUCUUUCUUCCAUGGUUUCUGUUCUCUCCUGUUGGACUCCCCCUCUCCAGCCCUGUAUCUGUUUCAUGAAUCAACUUCCCAGCUCGUUACUUCACCCCUCCCCCUCCCGGUUUCACUUUUCACCUCGUGUUUCUCCCUCCCCCCCCCCCACCUUUUCAAUCUACUCCUCAUCUUUUUACUCCAGUCCUGCCGAAGGAUCUCGGCCUGAAACGUUGACUGUUCUUUUUUUUCCAUAGAUGCUGCCUGGCCUGCUGAGUUCCUCCAGCGUUUUGUGUAUACUGCUUGAAUAUACUUACAAUAUUGCUCAAGUAUUACUGAAAUAUUAAAUAUGGGUGUGUUGAGUCAUUUUCCAAUCUUGGCAAUCUAUUGCAAAUGCUUCAUUCCCAUAUGAGGAGACAAGUAAAUUGCCAAGCUCAGAGAACAACAAAACCUAAUCAUCAACCAGCCAAGCUACACAUUUUCCAACUAAAUUCUGAAAUAUUAAAUGCACAAUACUCCUCAUUGUUUAGCGAUAAACUCCAACUCAAUAUAGAAUGCAUCUCAAUUUGUAUCCAGUACAGUAUAAAGGUCUUUGGCUCAUGUAUAUAGCUAGGGUGCCUAAGACUUUUGCAAUGUACUGUACUUGUCAACAUGGUGCGGAGAGCGAGUUUGUAGUUCUGGCAGGAGCAAAGGAUUUUAGGAAUGGUGAGUGUAGAGCACUGUGGGAGGGCUGUGAGACAGGUGGCAGAGAAGGCGUGCCAGGGGCAAGGGGCUGGCACAGGUGCAGACUCACCUAGCCCUGAGACACAUAGAAACAUAGAAAACCUACAGCACAAUACAGGCCCUUCGGCCCACAAAGUUGUGUCGAACAUGUCCCUACCUUAGAAAUUACUAGCCUUACCUAUAGCCCUCUAUUUUUCUAAGCUCCAUGUACCUAUCCAAAAGUCUCUUAAAAGACCCUAUCGUAUCCGCCUCCACCACCAUUGCUGGCCACUCACCACUCUCUGAGUAAAAAACUUACCCCUGACAUCUCCUCUGUACCUCAGCACCUUAAACCUGUGUCCUCUUGUGGCAACCAUUUCAGCUCUGGGGAAAAGCCUCUGACUAUCCACAUGAUCAAUGCCUCUCAUCAUUUUAUACACCUCUAUCAGGUCACCUCUCAUCCUCCGUCGCUCCAAGGAGAAAAGGCCGAGUUCACUCAACCUAUUCUCCCCAAUCCAGGCAAGGUCAUUUGAUUCCAAACAAUUGGUUUAUUGACAAACAAGAGAAAAUCUGCAGAUGCUGGAAAUCCAAACUACGCACACAAAAUGCUGGAGGAACUCAGCAGGCCAGGCAGCAUCUAUGGAAAGAAAGUACAGUUGACGUUUUGGGCCGAAACCCUUCGGCAGGUUUAUUGAUCCUUUCAGAAUGUCUCACUGGUGCUUCCUGCUCCCCCCUUUUCCCUUCCCCUUUUCCCAACCAUGAUUCACCUCUUCCUGUCCCCUUCCCACUCCCAGUUCACAGUAGAGACCCAUAUCAGAAUCAGGUUUGUUAUCACUCACAUAUAUCAGGAUUUUUUUUUGCAACAGCAGUACAGUGCAAUACAUAAAAUUACUAUGGUAUUGCAAAAGUCUUCGGCACCCUAGCGUUCUAUCGUUCUCGUUCUCUCUCUCUCUCUCUCUAUAUAUAUAUAUAUAUAUAUAUAUAUAUAAAAUCUUAAAACACACAGGGCUAGUGAAGGCUCUUGUCCUGGAACAUUGGCUCUUUAUUCUCCAGCACCCCCUCACCGUAGAUGCCACUUGACAUGCACAGACUUGAUGGGCCAAAUGGGCCCUCCCCCUCCUAGUUUCACCUACCACUUUGUGCUUCUCCCUCCUCCCCCCCCACCUUUUAACUCUACUCCUCAUCUUUGUUUCCCCAGUCCUGCUGAAGAGUCUCGACCCAAACUGUCGACUGUACUUCCCCCUCUCCCCCCCCCAUAGGUGCUGCCUGGCCUGCUGAGUUCCUCCAGGAUUUUGUGUGUGUUGCUUAGUUUUCCAGCAUCUGCACACUUUCUCUUGUUUGCGAUUCUGCUCCAACAUCUUACAAUCUAUGGCCUUACAGUCUUAUACACUGCUCCAUGGUAUUUCACCACUUAUUGGCCUGAUUUUGUGUUGCAAACUUUGUUGUGAACUUUAAGUUAAUGACCAAAGGCAAGAAUAUGUUUUUAAGGCUGGCAAAGCAUGAGUAGUUAAUAGGGUUAAAGGUACUUUGGAAUGCUGGACAUUCCAAUUAUAGAGUUUAUGGGAAAUACUCACGGCCGAAGGUGAUCUAGAUUCAAAAUGGCACUGUCAAUUUCCUUCCACAGAUGCUGCCUGACUGGCUGCGUUCUUCCAGCGAUUUGUGUGUUGCUCCAGAUUCCAGCAUCUGCAGUCUCUUUGUCUUUGUAAUGAAAAUAUCAAAGUUCAUAUUUCAAAGUAAUUUUAUUAUCAAAGUACAUAUAUGUCACUAUAUUCUACCUUAAAAUUCAUUUUCUUGCAGACAUUUGCAAGAAAAUAAAGAAAUGCAAUAUAAUUUAUGAAAAGUUGUAAUAAACACAAAAAGAUUCUGCAGCUGCUAGAAAUCUGUUACAUAAAGAACGGCUGCCAAACACCCAAUAUGUAAAAGAGUUCAAUGUUCAAAGUAAAUUUAUUAUCAAAGUACGUACAGUAUAUGUCACCAUAUACAACCCUGAGGCUCACUUUCUCAGGGGCGUACUAAGUAAAUCCACGAACCAUAAUAGAAUCAAUGAAAGAUUGCACCCAACAGGUAGACAAAUAACCAAUGUGGAAAGACAGCAAAUUGUGCAAAGACAAAAGAAGAAAAAAAAUUAUGAUAAUAAUUAAACAAUAACUAUUGAGAACAUGAGAUUAAGUCCUUGAAAGUGAGUCCAUAGGAUGUGGGAAUGGUUCAGUGAUGGGCAGGUGAAGUUACCCCCUUUGGUUCAAAAGCCUGGUGGUUGAGGGGUAAUAACUGUUCCUGAACCUGGUGGUGUGAGUCCUGAGGCUCCCGUACCACCCUCCUGAUGGCAGCAGCGAGAAGAGAGCAUGGCCUGGGUGGUGGGGUCCCUGAUGAUGGAUGCUGGUUUCCUGUGACAGCGCUCUGACAGCGAAGCUAAAUCUUGAAAAUGCUAUAAAAUUAUUUUAUAGAGCUAUUUUAUAAAACUAUUUUAUAGUUUUAUGCUAUAAAAUAGUAAAUAAAACUCAGAACAUGAGUUGUAGAGACCUUGAAAAUGAUGAUCUGGGACAGAUGUCUACAUUUAACAAGUGGGGCAAAUAAGCAAGGGUGCAGGUGGGGAAUGGAUUACAGUAUAAGGGAGUUUUGAAGAAUGUACAAGUGAGUGGCCAGACUGCAUGAAGGGGAUAUUAUGAUAUAGUGUAAAGAUAGAUACAGAAUAAACUGGGGGGUGGGGCAUGAAAAGGAGAGCAUAUUUAGCUAAGUUUGACAAAUGGAAUAUUUACACUCACAAAGUACAAUUGGUUAACAAGAUUGGAGAGGGUAGAUCCAAGCUUGUUAAUUGGGGCAAUGGGAAUUUUGUGGCAAAUGAAUUUAACUUCUGACUUAAAACCAGUGGAUUCAUUGUUACUCAUUUCAUUAAAAUUAAACAUAAUAAU